UAAAACCCUUGUUUAAACAAUUUAUACUUUCCAAUCCCAAAAUUUCCACCACCAUUUCCUUUGACCUCCACUCUCUCUUAUUUCAUCACUCUCAUUUCCUAGGGCCCACUCAAUUUCCCGGCAAAGAUGGAGGUCAGAGAGGCGGCGGCGGACACCACUAUCGCCGACACCGGCGAGAAGAAGCCACUCAAAAUCGAUUACAAGGAACUUUUCGGAGAAGAUCAUGACGAACCGGUGAAGGAGAUUGUCGUCGUUCACACUAAUCGACGGCGGAGACCGCCGGAGAAGGAGAGGAAAUCAGAUUGUGAUUCUACGCCUGAUAAUCCUCCUCCUUGUGGCGGAGAUGAUUAUUCGUCGAUGCUGGACGUUCAAUUGAAAAGGGCAAUUGAAAGGCAGACUAGUAAUGUAGCUAAACUGUCAGCCAGCUUGCCUGAUAAAGGUGCCAAACUCAAGAUUAAAUUGAAAGGUUUGGAGGAUGAGUUGUUACGCCGUCAACUCCGUUAUAAAGAGGGUGAUAAUGGAUGGGAGAAGCCAAUGCACUUAGAGAAUUCAAGUGGCAAAGGUGUCUUAGGUGGAUCUAAGCAAGCAGCACAAUCAUCUCAAACCCCAUCGGAGUCAACUUUUGCCACCUGUUUUUUGAAGAAGCUGGAUGAUGAUAAUCCGAAUCGGGAACAGAAUACCAGUAAUCAAGCAAGCAAUGCAUUCGACCGUGAACUUUCUUACCUGAAUCCUUGUGACAAGUCUAAAAGGAAAUCAGCUGGAAAGUUACCUCCAAGCAAAAGAGCGUUGGGUUCCAAAGAAUUUUAUGCGUGGAAGCCUGAGAAACCCGAGGACCGCCCUCCUCGCAAUGGCCGGAAAUACAUGGGAUUGAACGGAAAGCAGGCCGGCAAGGUUUCUUUAUUAGGAUCACUCCCUCUGUCCAAUGAGAAGAUAGCUAGCGCCUGUACUGACGAGUGUCUUUCACCUUCUUACAGUGAGGCUUCUCAAGCUUUGGAUUCAAAUGGCUCAAAGACUGAGAAGGCAGUUGUUUUGGUGGAUGAGGAGGAACCUGAGCUUAUUGUGGAAAAACAAAUAGCUGAAGAUCUACCAUCAACGUCUAGUGAGGGCAAGAUUUAUUAUCCAUCUAGGGAAGCUCCUGAAUCUCUUGAAAUCCUCCGCUCUGAAUUAAAAUGCCUAGAACCUGGAGAGUGCUUGACCUCCACCAUCAUGAACUUCUAUAUAAGAUUUCUCCAGGAGGAAUGCUGUCCAGAUAAUUCAUCACAGCAGAACUUUUACUUUUUCAAUACUUACUUUUACAGUAAGCUCCAAGAUGCUGUAGCAGACCAGAAGAGUGGCAAGGAAUCUCCUUUCAAGAAGUGUAGAAGGUGGUGGAAAGGUGUCAAUAUAUUUCAGAAGGCAUAUAUGUUUCUUCCAAUAAAUGAAGACAAUCAUUGGAGCUUGGCGAUAAUAUGCAUCCCUGAUGAGCAAGGCGAAUCAGGAUUGAAUAUACUUCAUUUAGAUUCACUGGGAGUGCACUCUAGCGAUUCAAUUUUUGAUCAUAUCAAGAGGUUGUUGAUUAAUGAAUGGAAGAUGCUAAACGAAGAUGUAGAUGCUGUUAAAGCCCCCAUAUCUGACAGGAUAUGGCAACAUCUUCCUCGUAGAAUUGAGCAGAAAUAUAUAGUGGUUCCCCGGCAGACUAAUGAUUAUGAUUGUGGUCUUUUUGUAUUAUACUACAUGGAGCGAUUCAUACAAGAUGCACCUGAAAGGCUUACGAGAGAACUCUCAUCCAUGUUCGGCAAGAACUGGUUCAAACCUCAAGAGGCUUCUAGGUUGAGAGGGAAAAUAAAAAAGAUACUCCAGCAGGAAUUCAACGAGGAAGUAAAACCGGAUAACUGGACCUGCGAACCUGUGUGUUUGUCUGUAAAUGUUGAAACAACCAAAGCCAUAGACCAAGCUGAAAUUUCAUGACAGCUGUGUCCCUAUACUUGGUACAGAUUAACUAUUUCAGAAUGGAGUUUGGAGAUCUGUCUCCCUAUUAUGUAUAGCGGCGAUGAGGGCACUGACGCAUAGGAGCUGCACAUACAUUCCUAGUUAGCUUUGUAUAGAUAGAAGUAGAUUCAGAAAUCCGUUACUAUAUUGUAGGAAGAUACCAAGCAGCCUUUUUAGCCAACUUGCUAUUCCAAUCUGAGGCAGCUAUUCUAAAGGUUUUCUUGUCCAUUGUACAUAAUGGGUUAGGAUUUCUGGUAUCAGAGAAAGCCAUCUCAGUGUCAUUCGCCCAAGUGCAACGUUCAUGUGCUUACUUUUGUAUAGAUGAUUUUGGAGCAGACGGGAAUAAAAUUUACUUCUUUGCUCUGCAGAA